UAUCGUUUACAACUAUCAUUAUACACAGAGUCAUACUACACAGAUAUCCUAAAAUGUCCUGGAUGAUAUUAUUGUUACCUGAACUCGGUUGUUGGGAAAAGAAAAUCUGGAAGAUUUACAAAAUAUCUUUAAAAAGUGAUCAAAUAAAUCAUAUUGUGUUUCAGCUUGAGUUUAAACUUGCAAGUGACAUUGGAACCUUUUUGGCUGCAUGAGUGGAAACAGUCCCUGAAUACUUUCUUCCUCAUUGGUCAGCUUUGGCCAAGGCCCACAUCGUGAUUGGCUAAAAAAGGAGGAAACCCAGUCUGAGUAACUCACUGCCUAUAGCUUACUCAACUAAAAAGCUGUUAGAACAACAACCGAACAUUGAGCUAAACCAGUAAACUGUUUAAAUGUAUUUGAUGGCUAGAGUCCUAUUUAGUCCUUUUAUACCAAUUAUAAAACAUGAAAUACAAAGCGGUUACUUUUUGUUUUUUUUACAACCACAGUUUUACUACUCAUAUCAUGGUUAAACUAUGAUUAAUUUGUGGCUACUAUGGCUUUAUUAUAUUAACCUUUUAUAUUUUAUUUGUAGCAAAACCAUUGUUGAUUUUUUUUUUAAAAGAUAAAUCUGGUCUCCAGACAGGCAAACUGAUGUAGACAGGCAGAUUUGGAGUACAAUUUCGUCCACAUCUUUACCCCUACAGCACGUAAUUACGUAAUAGGGGCCAGUGCGGUGCGUCACAGCGCAGGGGCCAAUCAUCUCUCAGAGGUUCUGAAUGUAUUUGCAUCUUUAAAGGGCGCUUUCAUGAGUCCCAGCUCGGGGAGUUUCCAUCUCAUUCAUCUAGAAACGUCAGGCGCGAGAACGUCUCUCCGCUUCCGUCAACGAACCAAGCUCUCGAAAAAUGCCUUACUCCAAAGUUAUACCUGCUAUGGCCAGGGUAAAGCCGGAUAAGUUAUUCGGGGUGCGAUUGCGCUCCACGGUCGCGUCCAAGAAGCUGAAGUCCGAGGAAGCGCCGCUGGAUUCGUCGUGCGCUAUAGUGGAGACGCAGGAUCUCAUCAGCGGAGCCAAAUCGCGCAGUCAGCGCGCGCACAUAUCCAUCGAUUUCGACAAUUCACAGGAAGCGUACAAGAGCAAAGAUACGCUGGAGCUGCUCAGAAGUCUGCUGGUGUUUAAACUUUGUUCUUUUGACUUCCUAGUUGAUAAAAACAAAGAGCUGAUGGAUCUCAGUAAGAAAGUUUUUGGUCAGCGGCUUUUUGAGAAACUGAUGAAGAUGACCUUCUAUGGGCAGUUUGUGGCAGGCGAGGACCAGAACUCCAUCAAGCCCUUGAUUGAGAAGAACCAGGCGUUUGGUGUCGGCUCGGUUCUGGACUACAGCGUGGAGGAGGAUCUGACCCAAGAGGAGGCUGAAAAGAAAGAAAUGGACUCAUGUGUUUCAGAGGCUGAGAAAGAGGAUCACGUGAAAACCGCUGUAUUCAUCCCUCAGGACUCUGAGAGUAUGGACCAUCGUGAGAAGAAGUACACAGCUCAUCGUCAGUUCGGAGAUCGGCGUGGAGGAGUGAUCAGCGCCCGAACGUAUUUCUACGCAGAUGAGGCCAAAUGUGACCAUCACAUGGAAACCUUCAUCAACUGCAUUAAAGCGUCCGCCGGAAGUUCUGUCGAUGGAUUUUCUGCCAUCAAGAUGACGGCACUGGGGCGACCGCAGUUCCUGCUUCAGUUCUCAGAGGUGCUGGUGAAAUGGAGGAGGUUUUUUCAUCUGUUGGCAGCACAUCAGGGCAAGGAUGGGAUGGCCUUACUGGAACAGAAACUGGAACUGGAACAACUUCAGGACAGUCUGAUCAAACUGGGAGUCGGCGCUAAAUCUGACAUUAAGAACUGGUUUACUGGAGAGAAACUGGGUUCAUCUGGAACCAUUGAUCUGUUGGACUGGAACAGUCUUAUCAAUGACACAACCAAAAUCUCCAACUUGCUUGUGGUGCCCAACAUGGAGAGGGGUCACCUGGAGCCCCUGUUGAGCAAAUUCACUGAUGAAGAGGAGAAACAGAUGAAGAGGAUGCUGCAGAGGAUGGAUGUUCUGGCCAAGCAUGCUGUGGAGAGCGGUGUGCGACUGAUGGUGGACGCAGAGCAGACGUAUUUCCAGCCGGCCAUCAGCCGACUGACGCUGGAGAUGCAGAGGAUCUUCAACAGAGAAAAGCCCAACAUCUUUAACACCUAUCAGUGUUACCUUAAAGAGGCGUAUGAUAAUGUGUCUGUCGAUAUGGAGCUCUCACGACGGGAGGGCUGGUACUUCGGCGCUAAACUGGUUCGUGGUGCGUACAUGUACCAGGAGAGAUCACGCGCCGCAGAAAUCGGAUACGAAGAUCCCAUCAACCCUGAUUAUGAAGCCACCAACAGAAUGUACCAGAAGUGUUUGGAGUACGUCCUGGAAGAGAUUCAUCUCAAUAAGAUGGCAAAUGUGAUGGUGGCGUCUCACAACGAGGACACAGUUAAAUUCACCCUGGAAAAAAUGAAUGAGAUGGGUCUCUCUCCAACCGAGAAUAAGGUUUACUUUGGCCAGCUGCUGGGAAUGUGUGACCAGAUCAGCUUCCCGUUGGGUCAAGCUGGAUUCCCGGUGUACAAGUAUGUCCCGUACGGUCCUGUGAACGAGGUCAUCCCUUACCUGUCACGCAGGGCGCAGGAGAACCGCGGCAUCAUGAAGGGAUCUCAGAGGGAACGCAGUCUGCUGUGGAAGGAACUCAAACGCAGACUCUUCAGUGGACAACUGCUCUACACACCAGUGUACUAAAUCAAACACACACAACUGUAUUUAAAACAACUGUACAUAUCUUAUAUAUAUAUAUAAAUGGGAAAACCAUUAUGGCCUCAGAGGACACUAUGUGUGUGAUCUGAUUGGCUAUCUUUUCCCAGAUUACACUGGGAUUUUAUUUUUCAGAUGAACCUAAAAACGGCCACCUAUACACACUGCAUGUAGAAACUGGUUUUUGACUAGUUUGAGUUUCACCAGACUGGUUACGUGAGACUGUCUCCGUCGACAACAUUGUCUUAAACCAGUGGUGUCGGAUUUUUUGUGAGAGGUGGAAACGUUAUAUUAUGUCUUACUGACUACCCAUGAGGCCUCUGUUACAUCAACUGAACAGAAAUGUUGGUGGUGAAAGUAAUGUUUAAGGAUGCUGAAUACUGCUAAAUUGUGCAUAAGGAUUUAUUUAUGGGAUAUUUAUUAGGAAAGUAAACCGGUUGAUUGAUUGUGAGUUUGUCGUAUUGAAAAAUAAUAUUUCUUUAAAGAAUCAUUCCUUUAUCUCCUCUAGAUGGCAGUAUAAUAAGACCCCCUCACCACUCCCUGCCAUAAAAUGCCUUCAUUGGUUAUGUUCAGAAUUGAAUAAUUGUAUUUUAUUCGUACUAUAUUUGGAUUUUGUGUACUGUUCACAGUAAGUUUUGUGUAUGCAUACCAACAUACCUGUGAAAAUGCACUGGGUUCUAUUUCACGUUGCAUCUUAAACAUGUGAUGAAUGAACCGGAAGCAAUAACCACUAUUUUUAACAUAAUUUUUCAGACUCAUUAUGUGACCGAACUGUAAGAGUUACGACAGUUUUAGAGUUGCAUCAAAAUGCAAUUCUGACAUGUUAGUUGGAUGCCAUUCACUUAAACAUGCAACAUACAUGUGAUGAUAAUGAAAGUGGAUAUCGUUAACAUUAUUUUUUAUACUUAGCAGGUAUUCAGUGUGUCGACUGUUUUCCUGAGCUUUUAGUGAUUGUUUUUCCAUAAAAAAAGGAUGUUCUUUUAAAAUGUUUGUAUAAAAUCGUGAAAUAUUUUCAUGCUAACAAUAAUAAUGAUUUUUUUCAUGUGUUGUGUAGUGUCUUGAUUAAAGAAGUGUGUUAAAACUUUUAUCCCUGACAUGAAAAGCAUUUUAGCACUAAAUGUCAUGUGACCUAAAUGAGUUUUUUUUUUUUCAAAAAGCUGCUUUAAAUAAGUCUAAGUUUGAGUUUUAGAUUUAGUGUACAUGUGAAUAUUUUAACUGGCACAUUUCUCAUCAUAAAGUGUUUUGCUCUGUUUCAUACUCUUAAUGGAGAUUAAUAUGGAUGGCUGUAAAUAAAGUAUCUUGUAUUAAAACAUUA